UGAAUUAAUUGAAAAUUGUCUUGAAAAUCGAUUGUUAGUAUACUUCAAUUUCGCGGGUCUACGAAGAAGGAAUCCGACAGUGCCGACAGCGGAUGCCAUUUCUCAAUAUAUAUAUAUAUAAAACGCGCGGCGGCGACAAAUCACAAAAGCGCAAAGCAGGCCAUAUACAUGCAUAUAUAUACAUAUCCAGAAAAUAACAAAAAUGUUCACGUUUAUACGGAUUUACGUUCUCCGAUUUCCGAUAUACCUUGAGAAAAUAAAAUGAAGCACAACCAACACAACACACUGGACACGUGGCACAACUUCAUAUCCCCAAAAUGUCAGUCCAAGAUGGCCUCGAAGGUUAAGCAUCAGUAAUCUCACAAAAUUACCGAUUCAACAUGAAUUAUACGGAAAUAGAUCGUAUUUCUCGAAACGAGCAUUCAAAUACAUCCAAUGUUACGAUUCAAUACGGCACAGCUGGUUUUCGAACCAAUCCAAUGUGCUGUUCUAUUGUUGCAGGGCGAAUUUACUCGAUCAUGUCAUGUUCAGGAUGGGUGUUUUAGCGACGCUUAGGUCGAGAGCAAAAAACGCCGCGAUCGGUGUGAUGAUAACUGCAAGUCACAAUGAGGAGCCGGAUAAUGGAUUGAAGUUAGUGGAUCCUGCGGGUGAAAUGCUCGAAGCCACCUGGGAAAUAAUUGCAACGGAAGUGGCAAAUGUACCAGACUCUGAACUUGUACAGACACUGCGACGAAUAGUACAAGAUUAUAAAAUCACAGAAGACGGAACGGCAAGAGUUAUUGUAGGAAGAGAUACGAGGCGAACAAGCGAAUCUUUAUCCGCAGCUCUGAUUCAAGGAGUAAAUUCUGCGGGUGGAAUUGCUUUAGAUUUUGGAGUUGUAACAACUCCUCAAUUGCAUUAUCUCGUUGUCUCAAUUAAUGAGAACAAAAGAUGGGAAUCUGUGAAAAUUGAUGCGUAUUAUGGAAAACUGGGAGAAGCUUUCAAACGAGCUUGUUCUCCCAUCAAAGUUAAUGGGAACUAUAUAAGAGAGCUUGUCCUCGAUGCUGCCAAUGGAGUUGGCGCCGUUGCCGCUAAAGAGUUUAAAAAACGUUUGGUCGAUUAUCUUGCCAUUGAAAUCUUCAACGAAGGCGACGGAGAGCUCAAUCACAAUUGUGGAGCCGAUUACGUAAAAGUUCGCCAAGCCCCGCCUAUGAACGUACCAACGAAAACGAACGUACGAUGCGUAAGCAUUGACGGCGAUGCAGAUCGAAUUGUGUAUUAUUACGUUGAUGACAAAAAAAAAUUUCAUCUCUUGGACGGUGAUCGCAUAGCGACACUCGUAGCUGAAUACUUCAAGGAAUUGAUCGGUGCUAGUGGUCUUUCGAUUCAACUUGGUCUCGUUCAAACAGCUUAUGCAAACGGUGCAUCUACGAAUUACAUAAAAAAUAAUCUCAAAAUUCCUGUUGCUUGCGUGCCCACAGGAGUAAAGCAUCUGCAUCAGCGUGCAAUGGAAUUCGAGAUUGGAGUUUACUUUGAGGCAAAUGGUCACGGUACUGUGAUAUUUAAAAACAGCGUGGUCGAGAAAAUCCGCGAAGCGUCAAAAGAUUCCGAGAAAUCGAAAAUUCAGCAAGAUUCGGCAUCUAGACUGGCGGACCUCGUUGAUGUGAUCAAUCAGAGCGUCGGUGAUGCUCUGAGUGACAUGUUGCUUGUCGAAACAAUAUUAUAUGCCAAAGGAUGGGAUCUUGUAACCUGGGAAAAAAGUUACACCGAUUUACCAAACCGACAAUUGAAAGUUCGCGUCGCUGAUAGAAACCUCAUCACGACUACGGAUGCGGAAAGAAAAUGCGUAACACCCCGAGGAUUACAAGAAAAAAUUGAUGAGCUCGUUGCGUUGUACCCAAAGGGACGGUCUUUUGUUCGACCUUCUGGUACAGAGGAUAUCGUGAGAGUUUACGCCGAAUGCGAGAAUACCGUAGAUGUUGAAAAACUCGUGGCUCAAGUUUCUCGAGUAGUUUAUCAAAUGGCCAACGGCAUUGGAUCCGAACCUGUCGUUCCGACGUGAUAUUCUAUUUGCGACAUUUCUAAUGACGAUAUAAUUCAUAAAGAUGUAUUAAUUUUAUCAAUGGUGACGGAUCAAUAAUUAUCGUUAUUCCUUCUUUCUUUUAUACCUUUGCUCAAAAUAUUUUUUAUAAUCGACCGCCAUGAACAAAUUAGAUAUAAUAAUUGAAUAAAUAAAUAUUUUUCAUUGUCAGUA